AACAGUUGCGUUACUCAUUAAACCUAAGCACACGGCCUUAGUUUAUGUUUUUAGGCUUGCAGACCGGUGAUAUUAGUGUUUGAAUUCAUAAAAAUUCUGGGAAGAAAAUUGCGCAAAAGUCAUGAGUAUCGUUUCACCUAGUGAUUUAAUCAGAGAAUCUGCUCAUGUUAAGUCAGCUGAAGAACACAAAUUGUUGUCCGACAAGGCAUUAUGUAAUCCCAAAGAAUUUUGGUUGGGAUAUGCAAUGAAGUUUCACUGGCAAUCACCUCCUUCAUUCGGAAAAUGUCUUAGUUACAAUUUCGAUUGCCGUAAAGGACCUAUUUUCGUUAAAUGGUUUGAAGAUGGAUGCACAAAUAUUUGUUACAAUAUCUUGGAUCGUAAUGUUGACCGUGGUUUUGGCGAUAAAGUGGCAAUUUUAUGGGAAGGUAACGAUCCAAAUGAUACAAAUCGUUUGACGUACUCUGAAAUGUUGGUCAAGGUCAAAAGAAUUGGGAAAAUGCUUGAGAAUUUCGGUAUUAGAAAGGGAGAUUGUGUUGCCAUUUAUAUGCCUAUGAUCCCAGAGCUCCUGAUGACAAUGUUAGCAUGUGCUCGUAUUGGUGCCGUACAUACUGUUGUAUUUGGUGGGUUCUCUGCCUGUGCUCUUGCUGAUCGAAUUAUCGAUGCCAAGUGUAGCAUUCUUAUCACUGCUGAUGGAACAUGGAGAGGGUCAAAACUUAUUGAACUUAAAGCAAUUGCGUCUACUGCAAUGGAUAUGUGUGAAGAUAAAGGAUAUUCUGUCCGACGAUGUGUUGUUUUUCAACAUGUCACUGCUUUUCCUUCUAAAUCCUCUAAUGGAAUCAGUGAUAAUGUUGAAAGUAAAGUUGGCGUUCGACCAGCUUCAAUGCUUGAUGUCCCAUUGAAGGAUGGUCGUGAUUAUUGGUGGCAUGAUAUAAUCAGUACUAUUCCUGAAAAUACUGAUUGUUCUGUAGAAUGGGUGAAUUCAGAAGAUCCGUUAUUUAUACUUUAUACAAGUGGCAGUACAGGACGACCGAAAGGUGUUGUACACACCACAGGUGGCUAUAUGGUUUAUACAGCUACAACAUUCUUCUACACGUUCGAUUAUCAUGAAGAUGAUAUAUAUUGGUGUACUGCUGAUGCCGGUUGGAUAACAGGUCAUUCAUAUGUUGUAUAUGGACCAUUAUUAAACGGUGCUACAAGUGUAUUAUUUGAAGGCAUUCCAACUUGGCCUGAUCCGGGUCGAUAUUGGUCUAUUGUAGAUCGAUAUAAAGUGACGAAAUUCUAUACAGCUCCAACAGCAAUUCGUACGUUAAUAAAGGCUGGUGAUCAAUACGUCCAAUGUUAUGAUCGUACAUCAUUAAAAGUUCUUGGAAGUGUUGGUGAGCCAAUCAAUGUAUCUGCUUGGGAAUGGUAUUAUAAUAUUGUGGGUAAUGGUAAAUGUUCAAUUGUCGAUACAUUUUGGCAAACAGAAACUGGUGGACAUAUGCUUACAUCAUUACCUGGAGCAAAUGUAAUGAAACCUGGUUGUGCUACUAAACCGUUCUUUGGCAUUGAUGCUCGAAUAUUAUCGGAAAGUGGUGAAGAUUUAACAGACAAGUCAAAAGAACUAGGUAUCAAUGUAGAAGGUUAUUUGGUCUUUGCUAAACCAUGGCCUGGUAUGAUGAGAACAAUCAAUAAUAAUUAUGAAUUAUUUGAAUCAGUUUAUUUUAAACGUUUUCCUGGUUAUUAUGUUGCUGGUGACGGUUCUGUGUUAGAUAAAGAUGGAGAUUUUUGGAUAACAGGUCGUUUAGAUGAUAUGUUGAAUGUUAGCGGUCAUCUUAUUAGUACUGCAGAAGUAGAAAAUGCUCUUCUAUUAGAUCCAAAUGUUAGUGAAGCUGCUGUUGUCGGUCGGAAACAUCCUGUUAAGGGUGAAUGUUUAUAUUGUUUUGUUACAUUGAAAGAUACUAUACCAAAUGAUCAUAUGAAUUGUUUAACGGAUGUUGAUAUAAUUACACAAGAAAUGAAAUCAGAAUUAUGUCAAAUGAUACGAACAAAAAUUGGACCAUUUGCUACUCCAGAUUACAUUCAGGUAAUUAUAUAUAUACAAGUAAACUCAAUCGUUUACAUACAUGAUAGUUUAAUGUAUUGUCAUAUUUAUUGUUGUAAUAAUAAUUUCUACAAUCCAACUUCUCUAUGUAUUUUAACGUUAUCAUUGUUGAAUAUUGAAUGAAUUUUAUUACAUACUUACGCCUGUCGCUCCUCGUUAAGGAGCACAGGCAGCCCACCAGCAUUCUCCAUCCAACCAUGUCCUGGGCUAUUCAUUAUUUUCAUGUCUACUUCCCAUUCCUGACACACUGUGUUCUUCGGGCUUCCUCUUUUCCGUUUCCAUUUAGGAUUCCAAGUUAGCUCUCGCCUCGUGAUGCAGUUUGAUGAUUUCCUCUCUUUUUAUUUUUUAUUUAAACAUAUAAAUAUUGGUACAAAGGGGCACCAGAUAUAUAUGCGCCACACAAAUCUUAUUUUAUUUGUGUGAGGGCUGUGAUACUGCCCGGGUGCUUAAACCGAAACGGGUGGUUUUAUUACGGGGGCCACACUCUGAGCAUUUGACCUAAAGGUCUGAUCCACAAGGCAGUGAAUCAUCGUAAGGAGAUGCAGUCCCAUGGUAGCCGGUGACCAAUGAUUUGUUCAAACGCCAUUUGUUCCUUCAGGAUACUGGAGCCCAUGUGCACCAUUGGUUUGGAAUCAGGGUUUUCCAACUCCACUAGGUGGACCCUUCAUAUCCACCAACCCGGUUAAAGCGCCUGACAUUCGCUUUCCGUCCUCUCAAUUUCGUAAACAACACCCCCACCACGAGAAGGCAGUGAGUAGGACUUCCCUGUCAGAGGCUAUAUAUUCACGUGGCCAUAUGAGAGCAUUUUGAGAGGGAGAGCGGACUCUUCACACUCUCGGCUGUGCCAGUUCCUUUUUGGGGCGAUGGUUUCCUCAAUGUAUGUCUUAUCCACUCCCAAAGUCUUUUCUCAAUUUCCUCUUCAGCUCGAAGCUGUUUUGUUCUCCCCCACACUAGGUUGUUGUUGAUGGUAUCCGAUCAACGGAUGUUGAGUACCUUGCGUAGAUAAUUUUUCAUAAAUACUCGUACCGUUUUGAUGGUUGUAGUAGUUCUCCAAGAUAUCAGCCCCAUACAAUAUAACUCACUGUCUUGACAUUCGUAUUGAAGAUUGUGACUUUGAUAUUAGUCGACAAUUGUUUUAAGUUUUAUAUGUUGUUGAACUGUAGGAAUGCUGUUGUUACUUUGCCUAUCCUUGCCAUUUACGUAUGCAUUAAACUUUGGUUUUAUGUCAUCAUAUUGUCACUUUACUAGCAACUUUAUAAUAAUUAUGUAAUUAGUCUAAUUAUAAGUGACAAUUUUCAUCUUAAAUAAUAUCUAUUUAUGUAGAGAUACAUUUUGAUUUAUUAAAAGAAUGGAAUCACUUGAAUUCAUCAUAAUGAUCAUAGUGAUAAAGAGUUUUAUUGGCACUACCAAUUACUGACAAUAUUCUUAAUUACUCAUUGUGUUUCUUUUUUUGUUGCUAAGCAUAAAAGUUAUCAAGAAUUUGCUCAAAGUUUUUGAUUAUUCAUUUUCUAUUUUAAAACUAAACUAAAUUAUUUUCUCGACUAAGUUCAAUGUGAUUUUCUAGAACCCGUAAAAAUCAUAUUGAGUGAAUUAAUCGACUACGGUUUAUUGUAUUAUAAUGAAUUCACUUAAUAAUAAUCAUAAUAAUACUGAUCAGUUGACUGAAAAAUACUAAACACGUACUAUACAUUGCAAUGUAAUUGUUUAUUCAACUUUUUUUUCUUUUCUCUCUCCGAUAAACUAACUCUUUACAUUUGAUAAUAAACAUCAUGAUUAUGCUUUGUGUGUGUAUGUGUGUGUGUCUAUAUAUGCUUUAUGGUAAAAAGUAAUACAAUUUAAUGAUUGUUUUAGGUAAUAUUAUUAGAUUAAACUAGUCAAUACAGUGGAAUUUUGUUAGUUUAGGUUUGGGGACCACUCAUGAGACUGAAUGUCUUGGGUUUGAUUCCCAUGUGUGUGGUCGUGGAUGGGUAUCACUGAAGAAUCCUAUAAUAAGAACAAUUGGCCGCUCAGUGCUUUCAGGUUUUCAAUGGUGGUCCAACUCAUUUUGGUUCAGAAUUGCAAAGAAUUAAGUUUACAAGAGUUACUACAGGGAAUGUUUUGUAUCUGGUUGGAAGAUAUUUUAUUGUGAGUAACCUCGAAAAACUGGUUUAAUAUUGCUAGUCUUGUCCAUCGAGGAGUGUGACCUCAGAUUUCAAGAGUAAUGUGUUCAAAGCCGCUUAUAUAUGACAUUUUUAUAUUUGGCUAGUCUUUUAGUAUUUAUUCCAUGCUUUUUCCAACCUUUUCACUGUUUCCAAAAAUUUCCUAGCCAAGUGGUGGUGAAAACUGUUAUAUCUGUGGCCGAGUGGAUUAUUUGUUGAUGGGUGAGGUGAUGAGACCGUUAAUUAGAGAGCAGCGAAUUAUCGACUGGAGCAGUGACUCGAAACCCGAACGAGCAGACUAGAGUGCUAACCGAUCCUGCGAUCUGCGUAACCCAGCCAGUUGAGUCCAGAACACAAAUAACAGCCUCGGUAAUAUGAAUCAUUAUUCACAAGCAUACUGGGUUUAUAUACUAACCAAACAGACCCCAUAUACCAAAAAAAUAGAAAAAUAAUAUUUGUACAAUAAUUGGCCAAUGUGGCUGUGGAUAGGGGGAAAGUAAUCAAUAAUAAUAGUUCAAAGGUUAAAAUAAGGUUACGGUAAGAGGAACACGAAUACAGUUAGGUCACUUAUUUAACAACUAUACAAUAGGAAUUAGGCAUAUUACCUUUGUCCAUAAUAGACCUCAGAUUUACCAUUCAUGAUUCACCAGGGGAUAUAACAAAAACAUUUCGGAAAAUUCAUGCAAUAAAUGUUGAGGUUUAUUUAUGAAGAGAAAACAUUCAGGAAAAUAGCUCUUUUCAAGUCAGUUGAGCCUUUCAGCUAAAAUAAUUAUGAUUGCAAAAUCGAGGUGACCAUCUACUCCCUGUGUUGAGUCAAACAUUAAGUGAGUCUGAUCUCAUCCCCCUUAUCGCUGAUUCACUUAUCAAGUGAUUGUUAAUGGCUUCAGUUUGAUAUAUUCAUCUAUGUACACAAUUCUAGGAAAACAUUGUGUGGAGAAACGGUCAUAUUCUUGAAGAGCCCUGCUUCAGAGGACUUUGAGGGGUAUUUUAAAGAGUGGAAAUGAAUAUGGAAGACGUUUAUUGUCGCAACUUGGAAGUAUUUUGAAAGGGAAUAGGUCAAUAUCUAUUAAAUUUGGUAAGAUUACACUAACGUAUUAACUCGACGAUUAGUUAUUCAUAAGCAACGUAGAGGCUGGAAUAAAUGUGCGUCGGCUUAAUUUCACGUACCAUAUCAACAUGACAGGAUGAAAUUUGUAGGAUGAUUAACACAAAUGAUCUAAACACUACAGUAUCAACAAUGAUAAUAAGAAAAAACAUCCAGAAUCUAGUGCGAAAACACAAAAAAAAGUAUGCAUAAACCAACAUUGGGCAUCAGGGUUUUAGAGUUGUUCAUUAUUUUGUAGAGUUUCAUUAAAAUAAUGAACCAAUUGAAGUUAGACCAACAUUGAAAAUCUGUAAGCACAUAUAAGCCGAUUUGUUCUAGAAUGGGACUUCUGAAGAGCCUUAUACUCGGACGAUAUAGUCAUUCAGUAUCCCCAGGUCUCCAAUAAUUAUCUAAUAUUGAUCAAUUCAUGACAACUUUUUUGAGAGUUUAACCCUUCACCUCUUGUAUCUACAUUAUCUUUAAUUCAUAUUUCUGUUACAUAUCAUCAUUUCCAUGGUAAACCUUCUUUUCUUUCUUUUGAUGUUCAGAAUGCCCCUGUACUACCAAAAACACGUAGUGGUAAAAUUAUACGACGUAUUUUACGAAAAAUAGCUAAUGAAGAUUAUGAAUUCGGUGAUACAUCAACUUUAUUGGAUUAUUCUUGUUUAGAAACUUUAAUUAAAUUAUCAAAAUCCGUCAUCAAUCAAUAAAUGAAUAGUUGAAUGUGGUUCUUAAGUUCCCUUAAUUUCUUUUCAUCUCCUUGACCUUCUUUAAACUAAGAGUAAAAUGAAUAACAAUCACAGAAAUAGAAGGUAAUGAUACAUUCAAUAUACCUUUAUAUCAUUACUAUUAUCAUCAUCAUUUCCAUUGAAGUGUAUGUUCAUUCAUUGUUAUUACUUUUCUAGUUAGACAACCAUUCUUAAUUCAUUCUCCUCUCUUGUCAUAUCACGAAGAAGUGUUUUAUCUUCAAUGUGUUUAUUUAUUUAUCUGUUUAUCUCUUUUUAUCAUGCACUAUUAUCAGUUGCAUUAUUAUUAACACUGGUGUUCGUGUUGCUAUAGUUACACAGGACUCUUGUGUGAACUGUGCAACCUUUCAUAGGUAUUAGUCUAUUUCUACGAACUGCAUAACUUACUUUUAUUGUUACUAUUUAUUGUGUACUUAUCUAUUCUGUUAAAAUGUCUCCGGUCCCAUAUAAUUACAUGCACAUACAUCGUUAGUUAAUACGACUACUACCACCAUGGUUAUUAUUACUGUUAUCCAUAUUAUUGCAAUCUUUUCCUCUUAACCCUUCUCCCCUCUUGAUCAAGCAUUAAGGUUGUGGCUUUUAUUAUUUAUUGUCUUUUUUAAUAAGAUGUUGUUUUUCCGAACUUCACUGGUACUAACCGUCUAUUUCUUAGUCCUCUAUUGUAAUCAACUUUUUCCUUUUUUUUUUACCUUACCUACCAUCCAUGACAACCUAGCUUAUUUUUCUUAUGUGAAACCUGUUUUUUUUUCUAUUGGAAGUGAUCAAUCAAAAUAUUCGUCAAGUUAUGUUACUAUUAUUAUUGUUAGUCAGCUUUUUUUUCUCCCCACCAGUCUUUUAUUCUCUCUCCACAAUAUUUUGGAGCAGAUGUCUUACGGUUGUGACUAUUGUUUUAGUUACUAUUAAUUAUCAGUUAUUUUUAAAGUGAAAAAGGGACAAUAUUACAAUCCCUUCUGUUAUUAUUACAAAAUAAAUACUUAACUAUUCCUGUGUUCAUUUUGAGUACAGUUUUAGUUGUUACAC